AUGCUCAAGCAAUUUAAUCUUUUAAAGCAGUUUGGAUCUGGGGGGAAGUCACAAGAUGCAACUGAUCUACUCUCUGAGGACCUUGUUUUGGUGGAGCAGCGUGUGGAACCAGCCAGGAGAGCUGCUCAGAUCAUUCAUAAGAAACUCCUGGGCCUUCUGCAGAGUCAGCAGGGCCUGGACACAGAGAGACGCAUGAAAAAGCUGCCUCUUAUGAUGUUGUCUGUUAGCAUGGCUGAAAGCUUUAAAGAUUUCGAUGGUGAUUCCCCCAUUAGGAAAGUUCUGGAAAUGUGUUGCUUUAUGCAGAAUUAUCUGGCGAAGACACUGGCAGAAUUCGAGUUACGGCUGGAGAAAGACGUUUUGGAACCUCUGAAUAAACUCAGUGAGGAAGACUUGCCAGAGAUACUGAAGAAUAAGAAACAGUUUGCCAAACUGACAAUGGAUUGGCACAAUGCACGCACUAGGUCCCAGGCAAGUACAGGUCCUCAGUCAAAGCAAGAUGGUCUGAGGGAAGAGUUAGAGGAGGCCUGGAGGAGACUGGAGAACAUCAAAGACCAGUACUCUGCAGAUCUGUACCAUUUUGCCACUAAAGAAAACGACUACGCCAACUACUUUAUCCGCCUCUUAGAACUCCAGGCUGAGUACCACAGAGGUUCCUUGGAGUUCCUGGAGAAAAACAUCACUGAACUAAAGGAGAACCACAGCCAAAACGAGCCACAGGUGUGUACCUCAUUGAAGAAAGUGUACGGUGCCCCCCUGCUUUCUCACCUGCAUGAGUGUGACAGGCAAAUCGCGGUACCCAUUCAAGAGUGUGUCCAAAUGCUGCUUCACAAUGGCCUUAGGGAGGAGGGCUUGUUCAGACUGGCAGCUGCGGCCUCAGUGGUAAAAAAGCUGAAGAGCAGUCUGGAUGCCGGCGCGGUCGAUCACAGCGAAUUCGGUACAGAUCCUCACGCUGUGGCAGGGGCUUUGAAGUCUUAUCUGAGGGAGCUGCCUGAACCUCUAAUGACCUUUGAACUUUAUAACGACUGGUUCAAAGCAGCAGGAGAGAAGGAGAUCGAGGACAAGUUAGAGCAACUUAGAAUCGUACUAAAGAAACUGCCCCCAGAAAACUACAGCAACCUUCGAUACCUGGUCCAGUUCCUGGCAACUUUGUCUGAGUAUCGGACCAUCAAUAAGAUGACGCCAAGCAACAUUGCUAUAGUUCUAGGGCCUAAUCUACUGUGGCCUCAAGUGGAAGGGGAGACCUCCUUGAUGGACAUGGCAUCUGCCUCGUCGGUCCAAGUUGUGACAGUGAUAGAACCACUUAUACAAUACUCAAAGAGUCUCUUUCCUGAAGAGAUGGAUUUCGAGAUCCCAGAACUGCCUGGGAGUCCAGCUCCGGAAUCAUCACGGACCCCUGCACCUGAGAACGGGGCUCCCAUCACUACUGCUGCCCCUUCCAGCCAUCCCUGUGUCUCAAAAACUGACAGUUCCGCAUCAUCUGACGAAACGAAGGAGACUCCAAGUGUAAAACCAGCUUUGGUGAACUGGGGAGCCAACGUUUCAGAGAAUUCCUGCCCCGAUCCAGUCACGCAACCCCCUAUCCAGAACCCAAACCCAAACUUGGCUGCAUCUUGGACCACAGGCCAGAGUCAGGCCAGUGAAGCUUCAGAACCCAUCCAAGAGCUGCCUCCCAGCUCCACUGAGAUGACCCUGAAGAUCUCCGGCCCGUUCAGACCACGGAAGUCCUUCCUUCAACAUAGGCCACUGAAUGUUGGUAGAGAACCGUUUACUGUCGCGCAAGGCAAACCCAAAAUUCCUGCUAAUCCUGGAGUCCGGACAGAGGGCUUUCCCACACCCAAGCCAAGGGCCAUUCCCAACCCUCAACCAAGAGCUCCUGAUUCCCAGACACAGCCUGCACCGACUCCCCAGGCUCCAUGUGCUCAGGCCUCACAACUAAAGAGGCCGUCUGGGAAAAAACCUCUGGUCAAAGCCCCCAACGUCCCACCUCCACUACCACCGCAAAUGGCAAAUAAGCAGUUUUCUUCUUUAGCCAAGUGA